CUUGCACUGUACACCAGGAAAAGUGUUGGAAUCAAACGCCGAGGUUUUGCUUCUCGUCGGCUCCUGCAUGCUGAAAAGCAGCAUCCAUGUGCGGCGUUGUGCUUGUCCUCGCGGUGCUCGGUGCGGCCAGCCGCGCCGCUCACGCGCUGGACAACGGUCUGGCGCUGAAGCCCACCAUGGGCUGGCUGCACUGGGAGAGGUUCAUGUGUAAUAUCGACUGUGACCAAGACCCCAAUAACUGCAUCAGCGAGCGUCUCUACAUGCAGAUGGCAGAUGUGAUGGCGAUGGAGGGCUGGAAAGAGGCCGGUUAUGAGUACGUGUGCAUCGAUGACUGCUGGCCCUCCCACCAGCGCGAUGCCCACGGCCGCCUGCAGGCUGAUCCCAAAAGGUUCCCGGGGGGCAUCAAAAAACUGGCCGACUAUGUGCAUUCUAAGGGCCUGAAGCUGGGGAUUUAUGCAGAUGUGGGGAAAAACACCUGUGCUGGAUACCCUGGCAGCCUGGGCCACUACGAGACCGAUGCUCAGACGUUUGCUGAGUGGGAAGUGGAUCUGCUCAAAUUUGAUGGCUGCUUUAUGAACUGGACUUUACUCGGAGAGGGCUACAUGAACAUGUCGAGAGCGCUCAAUAAAACUGGCAGAAGUAUCCUGUACUCCUGCGAGUGGCCUUUGUACGAGUGGCCCUUUCAUAAGCCGAACUACACAGCCAUCCGCGAGACGUGCAACCACUGGCGCAGCUUCAGUGACGUGUACGACUCGUGGAGCUCGGUCAAGUCCAUCUUGGACUGGACGGCUUCUCAUCAGGACAUCAUCGUCCCGUCGGCCGGACCCGGAGGCUGGAACGACCCCGACAUGCUCGUAAUUGGGAACUUUGGCCUGAGCCACGACCAGCAGGAGUCUCAGAUGGCGUUAUGGGCCAUCAUGGCGGCCCCUCUGCUCAUGUCUAACGAUCUGAGGGACAUUUGUCCCCGCUCCAAAGCGCUGCUGCAGAACAGGCACAUCAUCGCCAUCAGCCAGGACCCUCUGGGCAGGCAGGGAUCCCGCACUGCCAAGGUGCAGAGUUUUGAAGUGUGGGAACGGCCACUGUCUCAGGGGCGUCUGGCCGUCGCUGUGCUGAACAAGCAGGAGAUCGGCGGUCCUCGGGGAUUCGCCAUUCAAGCUGCUCCUGGCUGGAAAGUCUGUGACCCUCAGUGUAAUGUCACUCAGAUCCUCCCUCAGUACAAGGAACUGGGUGUUCUGACUCCUCAGAGCAACGUGGUGAUAUCUGUGAACCCCUCAGGCACGGCUCUGCUCACCAUCACGCCCGUCAGCAGUGACUCUCAGAGACUUCACACACGGUACUGGCUGGACACGAUCAAACACAACCAAGUGACUCUGUAGUCCUCAGAUGAGUUGAACCUUAAUGAUACUGAGAGGGAGGAAACUACUUUUUUCAUUGAUUUUAAGGAAAGAUUUAUAAAUCUUAUGAUAAAGCUGCUGUAUUUUUUUUUUUAAUAAACACAACUCAACUCUGAAGUAAGUUUCGACACAUUUAUUGAAAAGCGUGACAACUUCAUCCAGAAGUGUGGACCACAGCUUAGAACUGGAUGACCUGGCCCUGGAACAGAGGAG